GCCAACCGAGCACAAAACCUUCUGGAUGAUCAUGACUCAGUGCGCUCGGAACGCGGGAUUUCUGCUGGGCCCGGGUAUCUUUGCCCUCAUCUCCCUUGCCGUGAAGCAGGGCCAAGAUGUGGCGCCGGCAUGUCUACUGGCAUGGAUGUACUGGGGAAACAUCUGCCUCACCUUGCUGCAGCUCCUCUUCGCCUCCCUAGUGCUGCCCACCAUCCUAGCGCCGGCCACCGACUCGGCGGCUUCCUCGUCGCCCUCUUCGGCCUCAGCGUCUUCCGGCGGACUGGAGGUGUCGGUGGCGGAGCUGAAGCCGGCGCAGCGCCAGAGGGUGGUCUGGAAUAUGAUCUGGUACGCCUUUGAGCGGCCUUUCUCCAUUGCGGGCAUCGAGGUGGCCACCAUCAUGUUGCUGGAGGUGUCCUUCGGCUGGCCCAACGAGCUCUGUGGCUUCGCCUUCACCGUGGUGUCCGGCGCCAGCCUCAUCUUCUCAGCGCUCUCCUCGGUGCUGCUGUCCUGGGGCGCCCUCUCGGAAUCGAAGGUCUUCUUCGCCGCCAACAUCAUCGGUGUGGUGGGAGUCUUUAUGCUCUUCGACUUCGGUGUCUUGGGUGCCAGCAGCCUGCUAAUCGCGGAUGGCCUCGUCUACGGCUGCGCCAGCGUGGCCAACGGCAUCGCCGAGGGCUGGGCCUCCAGCGCCGCGAUGCCCGGCACCGACUUCUCCAACGAGAACUACCGAUUGCGAAAUCUGAUCGCGGUGAACAGCGCGCGCUUCAUCUCGCCCAUCGUCACGCGGGCCAUCUUGGACUUUGGGGGGCGUAACUUUUAUGCAGCGGUUCAGCUGAUCGUCGUUUGCAUCGGGGCAAACACCGUGUACCGCACAGUGAAAUUGGUCUGGGACUUCAAGCGCGAAGCCAAAGAGGACCCCAAGCCGUCGGACUGGCUGGUCCACCAGCUCAAGGACUCGCUUCCGAGCGAGAGAAAGGGCUCAGAGGACGCGCCCGAGACGUCGAAGGAGUGGAAGUGAGGCUUCGGCCAAUGGAUCGAGGUUUCUGGUUACAUAGGUAUGUGC